ACAAAAGUUAAUUAUUAGAACCAUUAAAGUGCAAUUUUGUCUUCAACUUUGUCUUUUGCCCUCCAAAAUAAAACACCUACAGUAUAAAUCUGUUUUCUAUGGAGGGGUAUUCAUAAGCAAAAUUAACCACAUUGUCAACAUGGCCAGCACAAUACUAGUUAGUCUAAUCUCAAUAGUCUUGUUUUGCAUUACAGUAGCACAAGGAAGAAAAACACUUCACACAACCAAUGAAAUUUCAGCAUCCUCUCUAGUUACCGAUGAUGAUAUAUGCAAGAGUAUGGUAGAGACACAAGGGUACACAUGUGAAGAACAUAAGGUUACAACAGAGGAUGGCUACAUCUUAAGCUUGUUGAGAUUGUCGGCAGGGCGGUCCAGCGAGAAAGCAAACAAGCCACCCGUGCUAAUACAACAUGGUCUCUUUUGUGAUGCUAUAAUAUGGUUGUUCAAUACUCCAGAAGAAUCAUUAGGAUUUAUCUUAGCAGAUAGUGGAUUUGAUGUGUGGCUUGUCAAUGGUCGCGGCACAAAAUAUAGCACCACGCACACUUCACUGAGUCCUACUGACACGGCUUAUUGGAAUUGGUCAUGGGAUGAAUUGGCUAAUUAUGAUCUUCCUGCUUCAGUCCAGUAUGUGUACAACCAUACUGGUCAAAAAAUGCACUACGUAGGUCAUUCUCAGGGAACUUUAAUGGCAUUUGCUGCUUUAUCUCAAGGAAAUCUUGUGAAUAUGUUGCGAUCAACUGCAUUACUUAGUCCAAUUGCUCAUAUGAAUCUAAUUCCUUCAAAAUUUACAAAGCUUGCUGCUGACCUAUUUUUAGCUGAUGAUGCAUAUUGGUUAGGCCUCCGUGAAUUCCUUCCUAAUGUGGAUGUUGGAUCAAAGUUUCUGGAUGGCAUCUGCAAGACUCUAAACCUGAACUGCGCAAACCUAAUGUCAUUUUUCACAGGUCCAAAUUGCUGCAUAAAUGCUUCUAGGAUAGAUAUCUAUCUUGAUCAUGAACCACAACCAACAUCAACAAAGAACUUGAUCCAUUUUUCUCAAAUGAUCAGAACAGGAAAAAUAGCAAAGUAUGAUUAUGUUGAUCAAGCACAAAAUGUACAACACUAUGGUCAACGAGUUCCUCCAACUUACGACCUGACCAAAAUCCCGAAUGAUUUCCCACUUUUUCUCGGAUAUGGAGGGCAAGAUAUGCUAUCUGAUGUACAAGAUGUGAAGGUUUUGCUCAAUGACCUCCAAGAUCAUGAUGCUAACAAGCUCGUGGCAGCGUUCAAUCAAGAUUAUGCACAUGCUGAUUUUGUUAUGGCCGUCAGUGCUAAACAAGUGGUUUAUGAUCCCAUGAUAGCUUUUUUCAACGCUCAUUAAUUUUACAAUGAUUAUUGUGCUUCGAAAAGAGUUAGAUUUCUGUUAACAUUCAAAUGAAAAAAAUAUAGUGUAUGUUAGAUUCUUCUCUAUAUUUGAUUCCAAAA